CUUUUCGAUGGUGAAGAUAAACAAAUGAUGAAUCUAUCAUGCAUGUGUGAGUCUGUAUAUACAUGUCUUGAAAGGCAUCUUCUCCUAAAAUGGAAAUCAUGGUGUUGAGGAGUGGCUUGAUAAGUUUCUAUGAACGGUUUCAGAUUUUUAGUUUCUCAUUCAGAGUCUCCGGGUUGGACUCGUCCCUUCGGUGCCUGGGUUCUGUGGAACAAGGAACUCAAGCAUGGAGAAGGAGUGGAGAUUACUUGGAUUCCUUAUUCUGUCAUUAUGUUUUCUUGUCAGCAAUGGCCAAAAACGUGUCUGUACACAGGAGACAGUGGCUGACAUUGUAUUCCUGGUGGACGGCUCUGCCAGUAUUGGGCUGGAAAACUUCCAACAAAUCCGUGACUUCCUCUAUUUUCUCGUACAGAACUUUGAAGUUGCUCGUGACAGGAUCAGGAUUGGUCUGGUUCAGUACAGUGACACACCGCAUACUGAGUUUUCACUCAACACUUAUCAGAAAAAAGAGGAAAUUCUCAACCACAUCCAAAAUUUGCAUUAUAAAACCGGCGGGACAAAUACCGGCCUGGGUUUGGAGUUCAUUCUGGAACAGCAUUUUGUUGAAAAGGCCGGAAGUCGAGCACAACAGAAUGUUCCUCAGAUUGCCGUUGUUAUCACAGAUGGUGAUUCUCAAGAUGAGGUUGAGUCACAUGCUCAGGAGCUGAGGGACAGGGGGAUCAAAAUAUUCGCCAUAGGGAUCAAAGAUGCAAACGAAGCGUUACUGAGACAGAUCGCAAAUGAGCCAUAUGAUCAGCACGUCUACAGCGUAUCAGACUUUGCAGCUCUGCAGGGAAUCUCUCAGAGUGUAAUUCAGGAGCUGUGUAACACUGUAGAGAAAAAACACAAAGAGGUCAUCCUGAUGUCAAAAGGCUGCAACGAGACUGCACAGGCAGACAUUGUGCUCCUUGUGGACUCGUCUGGUAGCAUUGGAGACAGUGAUUUUAAAGAAGUGAGGAAGUUCCUCCAUGUUUUUGUGGAACAAUUUAACCUUAGACCUGACAAGGUGAGAGUGGGACUUGCCCAGUUCAGUGACAGACCAUACCAAGAGUUCCUACUUGGUGACUAUUUAGAUAAAAAAGACCUGCACCAAAAGUUGGAUGAACUCAUCUACCGUAGAGGAGGCACCAACACCGGUCAGGCCCUGACUUUCAUCCGUGAGAAUUACUUUAGCCUGGCCAGAAAGAAUGUCCCUGGCAUUGCUAUAGUCAUCACAGAUGGGGAAUCACGGGACGCUGUCGAGGAACCUGCCCAGAGACUUCGAAAUAUGGGAGUUGCCAUCUUUGUCAUCAGGGUGGGAAUGGGCAACAUGGAAAAGCUGCGCACCAUGGCUAAUGUCCCACAUGAAGAGUUCUUAUUCAGUAUUGACAGUUAUCAAGAACUGCAAGGUCUAAAAGUGAGUCUACACAACAAAGUGUGCUUUACUGUGGAGGUCCAGUCACAAGCUUUUGUGAAAAAAUAUGCUGAUCUCUUCAUACUGGUUGAUAGUUCAGCAUCUAAUCAAGAGCAGAAAACAAUAAAGAAUUUCCUCGAAAAACUGGUCAAGCAGCUCAAAGUGGGGAAGAAUGCUAAUCGUGUCAGCCUGGCUCAGUUUAGCGAAAAUGUCCAAGAGGAAUUCCUGCUCAAUACUGACAAGAACAAGAAUGAGAUGGUGUCAUUUAUUCGCAACCUGCAGCUGAGGCCUACAGGGAAGCGUAGAAUUGGCCAUGCCAUUCAAUAUGCACACACAAAUUUCUUAAACAGCACUGCUGGAAGCCGUGUCUCUGAAGGGUUUAAGCAGUUCCUGUUAGUUAUCUCUGCUGGAGAAUCUGCUGAUGGUGUCGUCCAAGCAUCCCGAACAAUCAAAGAAGAUGCAGUGACAGUUUUUGCCGUUGGCUUAAACAAAUCUGAUCCGUUUGAGAUGAAGGACAUCUCUAGUCCACAGCACAACUACAAGUUAGUAGGUAAUGUUCUACAAGUGCAUCAGAAACUUAAGUCUGCCAUUGACACAUGGGAAGAUGCUGCCGUCACAGAGGAGUGCAAGUUUGAUGUGGUGGCAGAUAUUGCUUUUAUUGUUGAUCAGUCCAGCAGUAUCAGAUCCAAAAACUUCCAACUUGUGCACGACUUUCUCGAGAACACCAUCGGAGGUCUCGACGUGGGCAAGGGAAAAAUAAAGGUAGCUGUGAUCCUCUAUAGCGACUUCCCUCGAGCUGAUGUGUACUUGGACACCUUCAAUAAUAAGGCUGACAUCCUGCGCUACAUCAGUAGCAUGGCAUAUGGUCGUGGUAAAACAAACACUGGAGCUGCUCUCCGGUUUGCCAAAGAGCAUGUGUUCACCAAAGCAAGAGGCAGCAGAAGAGAUGAGCAUGUUCAGCAGGUUGCUGUUGUUAUCACAGAUGGAAAGUCCACAGAUGACGCGGCCAGCGCUGCGGCAGAUUUGCGGCGAUCAGGCGUCACUGUAUUUGCGCUUGGCAUCAAAGAUGCAAAAGAGGAUGACUUGAGAGAGAUCGCAUCCUACCCACCCAAGAAGUUUGUGUUAAAUGUGGAACGCUUUGAUCAACUAAAUUCACUUGCGAAGAUUUUAACCAAAACACUUUGCAAUGAAAUCACAGAUGCCAUCAUACCUAAAUUCUCACUCAACGCAGUAUUAGAAGGUUGCAAGCAAACAGUCAAAGCUGACAUAUACUUCCUUGUGGAUGAAUCAGGAAGUAUAGACUAUGCAGACUUUGAAGAUAUGAAGAAAUUCAUUAUUGAAUGGCUUGAUGUGUUUGAGAUUGGAAAUGACCAUGUGCGUAUUGGGGUGGUGAAAUUUGCAGACAGUGCAACCACAGUUUUCCGAUUACACGACUAUAGCACAAAAGCUGGUGUUGAAAAGGCAGUGAAGGAUCUUGUUAUGUAUGGAGGGGGCACCAGGACUGAUCUGGGGUUAAGAGAAAUGAUACCGCUAUUCAAAGAAGCUGUACAAACACGUGGGGAAAAGGUUCGUGAGCUGCUGAUUGUAAUCACAGAUGGAGAAUCAAGGAAUACAGAAGAGCCGGUAGAAGUUCCUGCUAAAGAACUGAGAACAGAACAGAAUGUCACCAUUUAUGCUGUUGGUGUGAAAAACGCAUCUGUGCCCGAGCUGGAAUUAAUAUCUGGAAGCCCACAAAGGACAUUUUAUGUCAAAAACUUUGAUUUUCUCAAGGAUAUUAAGAAAGACAUCCUUACAGACAUAUGUUCCUUUGAAGGUUGUGAAGGUCUUUUUGCAGAUGUUGUCUUCCUGAUUGAUGGAUCAGAAAGUGUUAGCGCUGAUGACUUUAAAAACAUUACGCGCAUAAUGGAGAAUGUGAUAGAAAAGUUGGCAAUUGGACCAGAGAAGGAGCGUGUUGGAGUUGUUCAGUAUGGAACAAACACAAAAGAGGAGUUUUCCUUAAAUAAAUUUGAUGAUAAAGCUCGAUUAUUAGAGGCAAUUAGAAAUAUCACACAGAUGAAUGGAAAAACUUACACUGGAAAAGCACUCACAGAAGUAUUGCAAUCUUUUGACGAGUCUAAAGGAGGACGCUCCAGUGCCUUGAAGUUCUUGAUAGUUCUUACAGAUGGAGAUAGUAGGGAUGAUGUAGCCCAACCAGCGAAAGUCCUCAGAGACAAUUCCAUCAACAUCAAUGCCAUUGGUAUGAGACAUGCAAACAGAUCUCAGAUUCUAGCCAUUGCUGGAUCCCAUGGAGGUGUGUUCUAUGAAGACGCAGUUGCUUCCCUGAAAGAAUUAAGCAGUGAGGUUCUUCUCAAGAUCUGUAACACGGAAUGCAAGACACCUGAACUGAUUGACAUAAUCUUCCUUGUGGAUGCCUCUGGUAAUCCCAAUAAAGAUGGUUUCCAGGAAUUUAUAAGCUUAAUGACACAUGUGGUGAACAAAUCUGUGGUUGGAGAAAGACGGGUACGAUUUGGCGUCAUCACCUACUCUGACAGCCCUCAAUCUGAGUUUACCCUGAAACAGUUCAAAAGUCAGGCUGAUGUUCUGAGGGUUAUCUCAAACCUCAAACCUUCAGGGGGAAGAAGAAACACGGCCCAGGCCCUUCAAUAUACACUCUCCUACUUUGGCGAAACACAUGGUGGACGACGGGCGAAGAAUGUACCCCAAGUGCUGUUUCUGAUUACAGAUGGCAAGGUUAAUGACUUGAGUGGACUGGAAACAUGGCCUGAAUCCCUGGCAGAUUCAGAAGUCAACUUUUUUGCUAUUGGUACUGAAGAUGCUGAUGAGGUCCAGCUAAGGGAGAUGGUGGGAGAGAAAGGAAGAGUGCACUAUGCAAGCACCUACCAGGAUCUGCGUGGACGACAAAAAACAAUCACCCAAGAGCUCUGCAAUCUUACCAAACCAAUUUGUGAGAUGGAGGUAUCAGACCUUGUUUUUUUAAUUGAUGGAUCAGAGUCUAUUAAGGAACCAAGUUGGUAUAUUCUUAAACAAACCAUGAUUGGAAUCGUGAAAGAACUGCAUAUUGCUGAAGACAAGUGGCGAGUGGGUGUCGCCCAGUUCAGUGAUAAACUCUUGCAUCAAUUUUACCUGAACACAUACACUAGUUUUGCAGAAGUGGAGCAAGCUAUAAACAACAUUAAGCAACGAAAGCAGGGCACAAAUACAUGGGAUGCCCUGAAAUUAAUUAGACACUACUUCACAAAAGAGAAUGGAUCCAGAAUAGAUGAAGGAGUCGCUCAGAAUCUCCUGCUGAUCACAGAUGGACAAGCUAAUGAUGAAAAAGACUUGAAUACAUUAGCUUAUCUCAGAAACAAGAAAAUAACAAUAACUGUUAUUGGGGUUGGCAAUGAAAUAAAAAAAUCUGAGCUGCGUGAAAUAGCUGGAUCAUCUGAACGGGUCCUCAUUGAGACUUUCGAAACCCUUGAACUGAAGACAACCAUAAGGAAAGUGUUAAAUUUCCUCUGUGGAGACCAAAGACGACCUCCUGAACAUGAUUGCGAUAUUGACGUUGCCUUUGGGUUUGACGUGUCCAGACAAUCAGUGCAACCUCUGUUGAGACCUCCGGUGGAACCGUUGGUUACUGCAGCCAUCCACCGUAUCGCCUUGAUGGGUGAUCUGUGCUGUGUCAAAGCGGACAACAUUAAAACUAGAUUUGGCUAUAGGCUAGUGUCACGAGAUGGCAGACUUCUGGGUGAUUUUAGCUUUGAGAAGUACAAUGAGGAUGUGGUCAGUAAAGUGAUGUUACUGCGACCUACGGAGCCCCUGGCCUUCAACGAGAUUCUGUUAGAUUCCUUCAAAGACAAGUUUAUCAACUCCAACGCCAAGGCAAAGGUUUUAAUAAUCUUUACAGACGGGUUAGAUGAUAGCGUUCAGCAUUUAAUGGCGAGUUCAGAAAGACUUAAACAAAGUGGGGUCGAUGCACUGCUGAUUGUGUCUUUGGAGGGAAGAAUGGAUGUUCACCAGCUGGAGUUCGGCAGAGGUUUCGGCUACAUGCAGCCACUGACCAUCAACAUGCUGAAUUUAGGCAAUGCUCUUAUGAAACAGAUUGAAACCGUGGCGCUGAGGAAGUGCUGCGAUGUGCCUUGCUCAUGCACUGGUGUGCCUGGACCACGAGGACCCCCUGGAAGACUGAAUCAAAAGGGCUAUAUUGGUCAGAAGGGUUAUCCUGGAUUUCCAGGAGAUGAAGGUAGUAUGGGAGAGCGAGGACCACCAGGGCUGAAUGGAACUCAGGGACACAACGGUUGCCGUGGAAACAGAGGAAUCAAUGGCGAGCGAGGCUACACUGGAAAUAAAGGAGAAGAUGGGGAGGACGGGCUGGAUGCAGUGGAUGGAGAACAGGGCGAUGCUGGUCUACCUGGGCUUCCAGGACCUAAAGGAGACCCGGGCAGUGCUGGUGUGAAGGGUUUCAAAGGGAGUCCUGGAACUAAGGGACACAGCGGUCUGAGAGGAGAUCCUGGCACACCAGGAAUAGACAACAAUACUCCAGGUCCAAAAGGCGAGAGAGGAGAUACUGGGCUCCCGGGUGACCAGGGGCCUCUUGGACCCCCAGGCAGACCUGGAGAUAAGGGUGAUCCUGGUGCUCCAGGAAGAAAAGGCCCACAAGGAUUCCCGGGUGAAUCUUCAAAUGAAAAAGGAGAAGCUGGACAGCCAGGGCCUCCUGGUUACCCUGGACAAGUGGGACCACCAGGUGGAAAUGGGUUUCCAGGAGAAAGUGGUCAUUCAGGUGUACCUGGAAUUCCGGGUCCCUUUGGCCCUCCUGGAGCUAAAGGUUCAAAGGGAGGUCGAGGACCUAGAGGGCCAAGGGGUCUACCGGGUGACGCAGGGAUCAAGGGAGCGCUGGGGCCAGAGGGAUUCAAAGGGCCUCCGGGACAAGAUGGAAGAGAUGGGUACGGACCUGCUGGGCCUAAAGGACACAAGGGAAACAAUGGAUACUUUGGCCUCCCUGGUUUGCAGGGUGAGGAUGGUACCAAAGGAUCCAGUGGAAGUAAAGGACACAAAGGUUAUCGAGGAACGCAGGGGAACAGUGGUCGUCCGGGUAUGCCAGGUGCUCCAGGAGAAAACGGGAUGGACGGACACAGGGGUGAGAAAGGACUUCCUGGAAUCAGUCUGAUGCCUGAAUGUGACCUGGUCAAAUACAUACGCAAGACUUGUGCUUGCUGCGCUGAAAAGCGUUUCCAGUGUCCAGUUUACCCCACAGACCUGGUGAUAGCCUUGGACAUGUCUAUAGGUGUAUCUUCUGAUGUGUUCGAGCGGAUGCGUUCUGCUGCUCUCUCCUUACUGGAAGACAUUUCCAUUGCUGAGACAAAUUGUCCAUGGGGAGCUCGGGUGUCUGUGAUCUCCUACAACAAUGAGACCACGAACCUGAUCCGUUUCGCGGACCACCAUAAGAAGAAGACCCUUCUGGAAGAUCUAAGAACAAUCGCUGUAAAGGAAACCACAAAAAACAGGGACAUAGGACAAGCCAUGCUCUUCGUGGCACGGAACAUCUUCAAACGAGUCAGAAAGGGCAGACUUAUGAGGAAGGUGGCUGUGUUCAUCACAAACGGGCCAACGAAUGAUGAAUCAACACUCGCCACAGCAAUGCUGGAGUUCAAGGCGGCAGACAUUGGCCUCGGAGUGAUUGCUUUACGUCCUGCUGACGAUGUGAGCCGAGCAAUGCAGGUUGACGACACGAGAAGCUACAUUAUUGUUGAUGGCAGAGAAGUGAAUCGCAUUAAAAAGUGCCUCAUUUGUUUUGAUCGCUGUAACCCAGACCCAGAGUGUGGUAUAAUUCUGCAGCCGCAACCUCUACAGAUGGACUUGGACCUGUCUUUGCUGCUGGAUGGGUCUAAUAACCUGAACACUCAACAGUAUUCAGAUGCGAAGGAGCUUCUUCUGUCUCUGUUGGACCGGAUCGGCGUGAGCAACGAGCCGAGCAGAGCGGACGGGAAAACCAGAUUGGCCGUCUAUCAGCAGAGCUCCGUUUACGGCUCCUCUUACAUCAACGAGGAGUUCAGCUUCACCAAGUUUAAAGAUCGCAGUAUCAUGAAGCGGCAUAUUACUAGUACAGUGAAGCAAGUGGGCGGGACAUCCCAUCCUGAGUUUGCUUUGGAGUGGCUGAUUACUAACAUUAUCCUUAAAGCAGAAAGACCACGAAGCAAACGAAUGGUUGUGACUGUUUUUGGUGAAAACUCUGAGCACAGCAAAGCUCAGCUGGAUUAUUUGUCUAGAUUAUGUAAGUGUCAGAAUGUUGUUAUGUUUGUCCUCAUGGCAGGACACAGAUUCGACUGGACCCGGAUGCAGGAGCUCACCAACUCUCCUCUGGAGCAACACCUGGUAUUCCUGGAUGACAGAGAGUACGCCACACGCUUUGUUUACGCCUUCCUGCAGAUGUUCCACAGAGGAAUCUUGCCCCAGUCUCUGAUAGAGACCCGUGAUUGUCGUGGUUUUGCGCUGAGGCCUGUUAAAUUUGGACAACAAACCACAGAGAGAGAUAUUCUGCCCACUGAUUCACCCACUGAAGAGCCCAUCACAACAGAAGAACCUCUGGAGGAAUAUGAUUAUGAUGAGCAAAAGACAGAACCAAUCACUGAUCGCCAACAACUUGAGUACACUGAACGCUUUACAGAAGAGUACAUAGAGGACCACACCGAGCCUCCAAAGACUAAAGCAGCACGGUGUUUCCUUGAGAGAGAUUCUGGCCGUGUGUGUGCAUCGUAUGUGUCCAGAUGGUACUACAGCCAGAAGACUAAGAAAUGCAUGCACUUUUGGUACGGUGGUUGUGACGGAAAUGAAAACCGAUUCUUGACAGAGGAAGAGUGCUAUAGGGAGUGUGGGUCCUCGGAAUCGGAAAAUCUUCCACAGGAUGAUCCCAGUAUCUUCGAGGACAUUUGCCAGCUUGAGUAUAAUGCAGGAACUUGCUCAAAAUUUGCAGUGAAAUGGCACUUCAACGCCAGCAGUGGUGAAUGCGCCCCGUUCUGGUAUGGAGGCUGUGAAGGGAACAGCAACCGGUUCAACACGCAGGAGGACUGUGAGAAUCACUGUCUCCGGGUCAAAAAAGUAUCUCCUAACAUAUCUAAACUGUGAUAUCCAAUGAAUUUCCAAUGAAUGCCGAAUCCAUUUAUCUACGUUUGGCAGCUUCUGUAUUCAUUACCACAUUCAUGACAGUUAAUAAAGGCCUAAAGAUUUAA